AUGCCAAAAAUCAAAGGCUUCUGUUAUAAAAAAUAUCCCUUCUUUGAGAUUCCUCGCCCAGAAGAUCUUUCUUCUCCAACACCAAAAAGCUUCAAAGAAAUGCUCAGGUCAGUCUCUCCAUUUAAGAAAAUUCCUUUAGCUGAAUGUGAAACCUUUACUCGAAAGCAGGAACUUGAUUAUCCAUAUUGAAGAAGUUUGCUUCAUGAAAUUGAAAGUGAUUCUAAUCGAAACUCUGCAGAUCCUGCAAUGACUGAAGAAAUGCUCUACAAUUGAAUUAAACAAAGUCUAAAUCUCAAAUUCAAAAAGGUCCCAGCUCAACGACCACUUAUGCUCUCUCCAAAAAUAUAUAAUUAUUUACGAGAAGUAGAAUGCAAAACCAAUAAGGGAGGUCUAAUAACAGUGGGAACUAGUGAAAGAAGAGUAAAGACUCUAGAUGAAAUUAACAGAGAAAUUUCAAGAGAAAGGAUACAUGUUAGAGAUUUAACACCAAAAUAUGUCCGUGGGCAGAGAUUUAGAAGUCCAAGAUCAAGCAAAAAUAUAAUUGAAAGUGCUGAAUCUUUGAGAAAUUAUUCUAAUGAGAAAGAAAAGAAUAAAAAAUAUUUUAACACAUCUAAUGAGAACACUUCAAGGUCAAUUAGUCUCAAAAGAAUAACUAGAAAAGAUACAGGGGGAUUUAAUCGAAGGACUCUUUUUGAGACAAAUUUAUAA